AUGGGCAACAACGACUUUUUGCGGUCCACGGCGCAGCGUCUGCCACCGGACCUCUCCGACAGCCAAAAGGACGAGAUUGCCGAGGCGUUUCGCAUCAUGGACGUGGACGGAACAGAGACGAUCACGCCCAACGAUCUCAAGGUGGUCCUUCGCGCCCUCGGGUAUGAGCCGCAGAAGGACGUCAUCAAGAAGCUCGUGGCGGAGAUGGACAAGAGCGGUGUCUCGAGCAACCUCAUUCUUCCCGAGUUUGAGGCCAUCAUGAAGGGGAAGUUCUUCGCCGAAGACAGCGAAGAGGUGCUUCUGUCCUUCCGGCACUUCACCAAGGGCAACUCGGAUUACAUUACCCUUGAAGACCUGAAGCGCGUGGCGGAGGAGGUUGGAGAGGAGAUGCCAGAGGACGUAUUGAAGGCAAUGAUUGAGGAGGCUGACGUUCUCGACCAUGACAAUCGCGUUUCGAAGGAGGAAUUUCUUCGCAUGCUGCUGCCACACAAAGAAAAAUGA